UCUUAGAAAGAGAUUAAAAGAACCAAAAGCUAACUAGGUUUAACAUAUAUAUGCAUUUGGGUGUAGUUUAGUUUGUUUGUUUGGAGAGAAAAUUUAGUGAGAGGUCUGAGAAAAAAGAUAGAGAGAAAUGGGAAGAGGGAGAGUAGAGCUGAAGAGGAUUGAGAACAAGAUCAACAGGCAAGUGACCUUUGCAAAACGAAGGAAUGGGCUUUUGAAGAAAGCCUAUGAGCUUUCUGUUCUAUGCGAUGCUGAGGUUGCUCUCAUCAUCUUCUCCAAUAGAGGAAAGCUGUACGAGUUUUGCAGUAGUUCAAGCAUGCUGAAAACACUUGAAAGGUAUCAGAAGAACAACUAUGGAGCUCCGGAGCCUAACGUGUCUACAAGAGAAGCCCUGGAGCUGAGUAGCCAACAGGAGUAUUUGAAGCUAAAAGCACGCUAUGAAACCCUACUAAGGAAUCACAGAAACCUUAUGGGAGAAGAACUAGGAAACUUAAGCAGCAAAGAGCUCGAGUCACUUGAAAGGCAGUUGGAUAUGUCACUGAAGCAGAUUAGAUCAACGCGGACCCAAUGCAUGCUAGAUCAGCUCACAGAUCUUCAGCGUAAAGAACACUUCCUCAACGAAACUAAUAAGAACCUGAAACAAAAGCUGGUGGAAGGGUACCAACUAAGUUCACUCCAACUGAAUCCGAGCGCCGACGACUAUGGCCGGCAACCCCUUCAACAGCAGGGUCAUCAUGAUGUGUUUUAUCACCCUUUGGAGUGUGAGCCCACAUUACAAAUUGGAUAUCAGACAGAUACAAUAUCAGUUGUGACAGCAGGUCCAAGCGUGAAUAACUACUUGCCAGCAGGGUGGUUGCCCUGAUCAAACUAAAGGAAAAAUAGAUCAUAAUGGUCACGACCAAGCCCCUACUUAAUUGUGAUAUGGUCAUUGCUUUUGUUAAGUAAUAUCCUUAUAAUUUGUGUUAGUUAUUUUGCCAAUUAAUAAUGAACCAUAUAUAUAUUUGUAGUAAUUGGCCAUUGUAUGCAUGCAUGCCAGCACCUUAAAUUCAAGGGCACGCCGAGUACGUGCGUAAUUUUAUUAUUGUUAUUAUUAUUAUUGUGUGUGUGUUUUGUUUGUUUUAGAACUAAUAAUUUUGUGUGUACUCUAAAAGACUCACUCAAUCUAGUGUAUGAUUUUUUCCAUA